UUUUUGAUCAGAGAAGACCAAAUAAUAGAACAUACAAAUUCACAGUCUAAAUUUCAUCUCAUAUCCUAAAGGAGAUUUGACAUGGCUAUUUUGAAAUUUUUAAUAAAUAUUAGCCUCAUAUUUACUGCUACAGCGACUUUGUAUGAUGAAGAUUCAAGCAAUGAUUUGAUUAAUGUUCAGGAAGAUUCAAGCAAUGAUUCAGUGAUUAAUUACCGUUUACCAGAUAAUGUAGUUCCGGUACAUUACAAUAUUAAGCUAAUACCGAACAUUGUAGAAGAUAAUUUUACCUUUGAAGGAGAAUCUAAUAUUAACAUCACAAUUCGUCAUGUAACGCAAAACUUGAGUUUACACGUUUUGGAAUUGACAAUAAACGAAACGGAGACAUCGUUGUUUGAUAACAAUGGUAUUAUCUAUACACCGGCAAUGUAUAAUUAUGACAAUAUAACACAAAUCUUAGUUCUUAAUUUCAAUGAUGAGCUGUCACCUGGAAAUUAUAUUUUGAAAAUGCAAUAUGUUGGUAUCCUACAUAACGACUUGCAAGGCUUUUUCAUAUCAUCUUAUAUAAACGAGGAAGGAAAUGAUGUGUGGUUAGCUGCAACGCACUUUGAACCAACAUAUGCGCGACGAGCUUUCCCAUGUUGGGACGAGCCAGCAUUAAAAGCUACUUUCGAUAUCUCCAUAAAACAUCAUCGAAAUUAUACAGUUCUAUCCAAUAUGCCAAUACGGAAACAAUUGGACGAUGGUAACAAAAACAGCAUGAUAUGGACGCAUUUUGACACGACUCCCAUCAUUUCUACCUAUCUCGUAGCGUUUGUAGUGGCCGAUUUUGUUCGCGUUCCUACUGAAGAUGAGACCAUUAAUCUAUGGUGUAGAUCGAAAUUGGUACCGGACACAAAACUUGCACAAGAAGUUGUCCAAAAAUCUAAAACGCUAUUGGCAGAAUAUACCAACAGCACCUCUAAAGUUCCAAAAAUGGAUCUCGUAGCACUUCCGCGAUACAGAACUGGUGCUAUGGCAAAUUGGGGACUUAUUAUUAUUGUUGAAACAUACUUUGCAUACAAUGAAAGUGUCAAUACAAUACCUGCUAAACUGGGUGUUGCUGUGAUAAUAGCACAUGAAAUGGCGCAUCACUGGCUUAGUAAUGUAGUCACUCCAUUUUGGUGGUCUCAGAUAUGGUUAAGUGAAGGAUUUGCGACAUUCUUCCAAAUAUAUAUUCUCAAUCAGAUGUUCGAGGAUUUGCGAAUAAUGGAAUACUUUGUUGUUGGUAUUCAGCAAACAAUUCUUCACAAGGAUAUUAAUAUGAAUAUGACACCAAUUACAUUAGAUGUUAGUAGCCCAGAAGAAAUUAAAUCACUCUUCCUUGAUUCCAGUUAUGGCAAAGCACCCGCUGUAGUGCGCAUGUUACAACAUAUAAUUACCGAUGAAGUAUUUCGAAAUGGUCUUAUUAAAUAUUUACGCACGCAUCAGUUCAGUUCUGCUACUUCCGACGAUUUAUGGAACGCUUUGCAAGCAGUACUAGACACAUCAGAUGUCCCGCAUGAUGCUUAUAGAUUGAAAGAGGUAAUGGAUACUUGGAUAAAACAAUCGGAUUUUCCUGUAGUUCAUGUGACCCGAAAAAAUGACACCAAUGAGAUAAUAUUAACGCAAGAAUAUUACGUUCCGGAAAAUGAAAGUGAGAACGUCAAUGAUAAUAAAUGGUGGAUACCUUUGACUUUUGCUACACAAACAAAUCCUGAUUUUUCUAAUACCUUACCCACACAUUGGCUAAAACCACAAGAUCAAUAUAUAACGAUUGAUGGAAUUGAUCCAAAUGAUUGGAUCGUCAAUUUACAACAAACGGGAUAUUAUCGUGUUAAUUACGAUUCUUCCAUUUGGCAAAAAUUGGAUUAUCUUAAAUCUGACAAUUAUACGAAAAUCCAUGUACUCAAUCGUGCUCAAAUUAUCGAUGACGCCUAUCAUUUUAUGAUGCUAAAUAAACAUGAUAUCAUGAUGUUUCUGAAUAUUAUUAGUUAUCUAUCGCAAGAAACAGACUUUAUAGCGUGGCAUUCUAUGUUUAAAAUAUUAAAAUUUACAGAAGAUAUUUACAAAGUUCCAGAAAAUGAAAUUCUCAAAUUAUAUAUGCUCAAACUUUUGGAAGGUCUUAUUAAAAACGUAGGAUAUGAAGAAGAUCCUACCGAGAAUGAUCUUAUGAAACUUAAAAGAAUUGGAGCUUUAAAAUGGGCAUGUACUUUCGGUCAUUCUGAAUGCAAGAAAAUGGCCACUGUUAAAUUGAAUGAAUAUUUCGCAGAUCCUACGACACAUAAAUCCAAGAAUGCAAAUAGUGCAUUAAAUGAUAUAAUUGACAAUGUGUAUUCUAAAGAAAAACUUGACGAGAUAAGCGAAUUUGUAAGAAAUGAAUUUGACGAGAAAGUAUUCAAAGAUGUUCAAGACAAGAUAAUAGAACGCAUGGGAUUGUUAGAUACACUUGCCUCAUUUCAACCUAAUAUAAAAGAGAAAUUAAAAUUAUAAAAUAAUUAUAAUUAAUUAUAACAAUUGCAA